UGGUCUUGAGCCUACUAGUACUACAAAAAUUCGGAUGGAACUCAGCAAUGUUAAGUUGAAAAAACAUGCGUCGAGAUAUUUGAGGUUUAAGUUGUAGGCUUAAUUCAAUUUUUUCUACUUGAAGAAGAACAAGAAGGGACUACCUUAGUAGAUCAGCAGCACAAGGUUUAAGUUUGUUAACGACCACAGCAAGUAAGUGUAAGAAGAAGAGCAAUACACUUUGAUCAUCAUUUGUAUUGUCAUGAUAAUUGAUCUACCAUCAAGUCGGAAACUCAGUAUUCCGACUCACUCCGACUUCUGAAGUAACCAGCAGGUGGUCUUCAAUUUUUUAAAUCUCAAGUCUUCAUUUUCUGCUGACUCCUGCGACUGCUUCGACGGGGACCACGACGGCGUCCAACGACUCGUACAGCAGACCACGACAUACUCUUUCGUACGAAAGGGCAGGGACGAAGAUGAGUGACGAUAGUGUGAGUGAGAUUUCUGCUGUCUCUGGCGGCAAGAAUAAGGGGCCCACGAAAACGACAGGUGGUGCGACGUCGGGCGCGGCGAUAGCCAGACGGAAGGCUCCUCGCGACAGGGACCAUCGUGAGCCAGCACGUGAGCGGAGCCGACAGCGAAGUCGACGAAAACGGAGACGUAGUCCGAGGGAAGAACUUGCGUUAGCUCAACAGAGUAAGAAAGGAGCCACAUCGAAUGGAGGAGAUAGUUCCAAAAAUGGCUCUCCGAACGGAGGGCCUAUCGCUGUUCCAAGUACUAGUGGAGCAGAUCAAACAAAUACAACUGUGAUCAAGUCCGGUUCAGUGGUUCUGAAAAAAGCACCUGAUGCAGCGACUAGGGAACACAAAGACCAACAACAUCAUAGUAGUACCACAACUGCAAAUAGCAAUAGCAAAGCAGCUCCUACAACAUCUACUUCUAACGGCCCUUCUUCAUCUAAGAGGGAACACGAUAGAAUGCAAGCGUCUGAUUCAAUCGUUGUAUCAGCAACCGCGUCGGCAACAGGUCCGCCUGACGAGGACCGAAGAAAUAGUGCAGCUAGACGGAGUCGUACAGGCAGUGUCCAUAGUGGUGCUGGCAUAGCAUCUAGCUCGACGUCACGGCCUCCACCAGUGAAAACAUCAAAUAGUACUACUGUUCUUGCCGCACCAGCAGCUAGUUCAUCCACUUCUGGCACGUCAGCAGUGGACUUGCAAGCGAAUAGUAGGAACAAUUCGCGAGAUCGAGAACGCGAGAGACGCGGUAGUGGCAGAGGCAGGGACCGUGACCGAGAACGGGCGGCCCGUAGGAGCCGAGACAGGGAGCGGCGCGGCGACCGGGACCGGCGUGACAGAGACCGCGACAAAGAUCGAGACAGGUCAGAGAAAGACCGAGAAAGGGAAAGAGACCGUGGUCGCCGAGGCGGAGCUGAUACUGAUAGACACCGCGACCGCGAUCGGGGUCGCGAUGGAUCCGAUGUUAAGACGCGAAGAGAAGAUGGCGGUGCAACUACUAGGGACUCAACAAAGAGAGAUAGGGAUAGAGACCGAGAUGCGGCAGCCGACCAGCCCCCAACUAGGAUAGGAAAAAUGGUCAGUAGUGCCUCUGUCCGCAGCGGUCAUCACCAUAGCAGUAGUACAAAGGGUGGCCGUCAUGGUUCUAGAGAGCGUGAUCGUGACCGAGAUCGCGAUCGUCACAACGUCUCCCGCGACUUUCAUAACCGCGGCUAUGGACCUGGUCUGCCGAGACAAGCGUCACAACCCCGCAGCGAGUCCUCAGAGCCACCCGCUCAUUUGGAUGACAUCGACAUAGGGGAUGAAGACGAGGUGGACGAGGAGAAAAGUAGGGAAAAGGAAGAGACCGAGGAAGAGAAAUUGAAGAGGCUACAAGAAGAACGAGCGGCAAGAAGGGCAGCAAUCGUGGCGAAACACGCGGCGCCCCAAGAUAGCGACAACAUACCGCCGACUUCGGUACUAAUUGUAUUUUAUAGUUUCCUUAUUUUACACUAUCUUCACUAUAACUAUGCUGUAUUAAUUUCGAAUGAUGACUCGUCUUAACAAGGUUGCAUCUGCAGGUAGAGUAGAACGCUUUUGUGUAGCAACAGCAAACAUUCCAUCUACUUCGAUGAAGGACGAAUCUCAGCAAAGCCUUAUAGCGUUGUUUUUUCCCAAGAACCACUAAAAAAAUCUGAAACUCUACAACCUAUAGGGCGACGGCGCAGGCCAGCAGAAUCCGGGCACACCCUAUGGUGCUGUCGCUUCUCCUUCCGCACCUACGGAUGACGAGGAUUCAGAACCUGAAAUUCACCUCAAUGAGGAGCUGAAACAACUUGGCGGACCUAGUGUGAAGGACAUCAAUGAGUUCAUUCGCAAGAGUAAGCGCGAAGAGGAACGCAACGAAGACAAGAGUGCCAGGAAUCACGACGAGGGACAAGGAGGAGGCUCUCCUGGAAAUAAGAACAAAAUGCGCAACAUGUCUUCAACAUCUUCAAUUGGGAACAAUGCUUCUCAGACGAAAAACAACAACAUGUUGAACAAUGGGCGCUCUUCCUCAAAUGCAGAGGCUACUUUAAGGCUACCGCUGAAGCAUCCUCAACGUCAUCCUUGGCUCCUUUUCUACUUGAAAAAGGCACCAAGGAUGCUGCCAAGGAUGCCCAUGCGGUACCUCUAACUACUCUUCAACAUCGGGUGAACCACGAGCACGACAAGGAUGAUGACAUCUUCAAUGAGGAUUUCGAUUAUCGGAAACGUGUCGAGACAGUGAGAGCCAAACAAAACGAUUUAGAUGCAACGCGAGAAGACGGCUACAUCGAACUGCAAUUGCGCGAAUUAGUCAAGGACCGCUACGAGAUUAUCCACACCAAUGUGGGCCAAGGUGUCUUUGGCGGUGUGGCUAAGUGCAAAGAUCGCAAGGACCCAAAACAAGCGGAGGUGGCGAUCAAGUUUGUCCGCAACAACGCGAUGAUGGCGAAAGCAGCACAAAAGGAGAUCUUGAUUCUCAAUAGGCUGAAUUCAAAAGACAAAGAGAACAGAAGGGGUGUGGUGCGAUUGCUAGACAACUUCUUGUACAAGGGACACACGUGCUUGGUCUUCGAAUCCAUGUUGUGCUCGUUGCGGGAAGGACUGGCGAGAUUCAGCAAGAAAGGUACUUCUAGCUCUUACGGUCUAUGAUACCGUGUGAUUUUCAUUUUUUGAUGGUCUUGGUUGUUUAGCAGCACCACAGCAUCGUUAGUUGUGCUGACUUUAUUUUAGUCACGUAGUGUCUUUGUCCAGCACCGUCUAUGAUGUUGAUACAAACACCAGAUCGCGGCGUUUCUCUUCUAGUCGCCCAGCGAUGGACGAAGCAACUAUUCACGGGUCUGAGGCAUAUCCACCGGCAUGGCAUCGUGCACGCAGAUAUUAAGCCAGAGAAUAUCCUGGUAAACGACCUCAAGGAUCAAAUGCUAAAGAUCUGCGAUCUAGGGUCUGCCAUGGAUUCGCACGAGAUAGAGACGUCGGGAUAUCAGGUAAAAUGGAUUCUAAAUCGCGGUUGUAUUUCAAUUUCGUCCGGACGCCUACGACAUCUUCAUGUCACGAACAGAAGUCUAACGCAUUACCGAUUUAAUUUACAAGCAACAUCCAUUACUAUAAACUUCCAUUACCAAGAAGAACUCUCCCACCCACGACCCCAAAAAUCUCCAGGUCGCCCGUUUCUAUCGUCCCCCGGAGGUUAUUACGGAGUGCAAGUGGGACACGAAGAUAGACAUAUGGUCUGCCGCAUGUACAGUGUGGGAGAUGCUAACGAAUCAAAUCCUCUUUAGAGGCCAAAACAACAAUGAUCAGCUGAAGCUGAUUAUGGAUGUGAAGGGCAAGCUAUCGAACAAGCUCAUAAAAGCUGGCGGCAACUGGAAAAAGCACUUCGAUCCGGAUACGAUGGAGUUCGUGUACUAAAAUAUUGUUUAGUGGUAGUUCUCUUCGCGCACUUAAAAGCAGGGACCACGACGGACAACGAAUCUCCCUUAUAUGUUUAGUGCUAGUUCUUGAUGCCUCGUCCCCUAGAUUUAAGGGUAGGUGAAAGGUGCUUUUCUUACCGCUUUUUAUGCCUCUCCUAAGGGAGAAAGGCAUAACAAGCGGGGUAAGCGAGCACCGAAAACCUACCUCUAAUAGAUAGAAGCGGUCUGUCGGCCAUCGUUUUUUCCUCAGUGUAGGUUCUUUUGCAGGCAGAUAAAAUCAACUUGAUGCUGAUUGAUUUCGUACCUGCUUAAUUCAAGCAGUCAAAUCAUCCUACCUCCCUCACAACCCUCGACACCCACACAACAGCCACAACUACACCGACCGGAAUGGCAAAGACGUCUAUAAGAGGAUUCUGUCUUUCCCGAACGCGACGCCCACCUGCAUAACCGAUCAGCUGAUCCCUAUCGUAGUAGACCCAAAGUUGCUGAAAAGCGAAGACGCACAAACGCAGAAAUACAAUUAUGCAAAGUUGUCACUCUUGCUUGAUGUUGAUUGUUGAUGUUCAUGUAGUUUUUAAAAAACUCUUCUGAAAGUUACUCCUCUAAUCUGUUGCAACCGUGCGAAACGCUGGCGACUUCGUGACGCAAUUGACGGCGUUGGAUCCGGCAAAGCGCUUGGAUGCGGAUGCGGCCUUGCGACAUCCUUUCUGCUUGACAAGUUUGUUAUGACAUCAUGGAGAUUAAUGAAAUCGAUUUUGAACAAUCCGUGUAACUUUUCUUGGCCACCAUUUCUCCUUGUCCUACUGGUGAGCGACUCUUUUUACAACCGAGGAUUUCUAGGAUAUUUUUCUUGCUCUAUCUUGCUAUGUCUGCUCUAAUAUCCGGCACCGGAGGAGGACACGGUCAUGAGCACAAGCACCACGAUCGCCAUCAUGGGUCGAAGCAUCACUCCUCAGGGAUGCCUGCCAAUGUGAGAGGGACAAGACGAUGAAUGUGACACGGACAUACGGUAAAUAAUGGUGCGCAACGACUCUUCUACUUCAAGAACCGCGGCAGAGGACCCGUCCGAUGGAAAGUUUGAAACGGCCGCCGUGGGAGCACCAGUUAUCACGAAGAUGAUUGUUGCAUUACAUGGGAGUUUUUUGUGCGAUGAUCAACGAUAAAUCUCGUGAUAGAUGUGCUGUGUGAACUAUCUCUGCUAUAUCUAAUCGAUCAUUCUUGUUUGCUGCUAUUGCUAUAAUUUUGCUGCUCCCGCUAAUAUUGAAUUACUAUGUAUUGAUCGUGUGAAUCACAUGGUGUUCAUUAAUUAUGCUUUUUAUCAUACAUCGUCUUAUCGUCUCCCAGGACUUCUACAUAGAUGAAGGUUGUAACAAAGUCGACCCAAAGAACAUGAUAACUACAUGUACAACAUGUAGGUUUUGUAGCUUUUUGACUCCUGCUACUAGGAUCCCUUGCAGAUGCGACACUACUUGUGAGAAAAAACUCAACAUCAUAGGGAGACUCAACUUUAAAACUUGCCUACAUCACAAGACCUCACAAGAAACAAAUCAUGUCUACAUCUUCAAAGAACAUCGCCAACCUCUACACUCGAAGAAGUUGUCCAGAAAUAUAGUAAAACAUUAACAUAGAUACGGUAUCUAACUUAGGAAGUUCCCAAGCAGCGUA